CAACGGGCUGUCUUGUCCCUCAAACACUCUGUCGCAGAGUCCUGCAGGGCGUACGCCGCCAGAAACAGGCAGUGACUCCAGGGCUUUGUUUAAAGCGUCAAUGGACCUCUCCUUGCCUUCCAAAUCGUAUUGAUUUCUGCCUGCACUGUGCAACUUGCUGUUCUUGACCUGCGAGCACCCGUUGUCCUCAACAUGCUCGUUCUACUUGUUGACCCCGGCGCGUGCCAGUAAAGCAAUGGCUUCUCUUCCCCAGACCUAACCCAAUGGUGAACUAAUCACGCGACUGCACUUGGAUUUACACGACCAGAUUCAAUAUGUCCGGAAUCGAGAUUGGUAUCGCAGUUGUUGGAGCGGUAGCAGCUCUCAUCACAGCAUACAAAGAUGCCGGCGGCAUCGUGGGAAACAUCAAAGAGCGUCGCAGGGCCAAGGGCGCUCUACCGCCCAGCAUUGCCUUGGAACAAUCACUCCAGGAAGGACAAGAAGAGAUCGAACGAAUUACAGCAAAGGGAAUCCAACGGUUUGGGACAGAAUUCGAGCAGGGCGAUGAUAUCGCACAUCGAGCUCUACAAGCCCUGACAAUCGAGGUGCAGGCAACAUUCCUGCAUCAUCUUGUGAUGGCAAGCAAGGACGAUAAUGUCACCGACUUUGAGUUAUGCAUCGACUCCGCCAUUGAAGCCAGACUCAAGGCUGUCACCAUCCUCAAUGAAUUAUACCUCCGCCAGCAGAAACGAUCCAGUCUCAGCAUCGAACCUGACUUCCAGAUCCCCCUACGGGGUCAAAGAGAGGACAAUAGGCGCGAUGAAGUAAAAGAGCUCAAAGAUCUGAAGAAACGCAGCGAUACGCGGACAACAGAACCGGAGACACCACCUAGCCCUUCAAGGUCUCGAAAGUCGUCCUGGAACCCCUUCAAGAACCUACAUCGCGCAGGCUCAGCAGAGCACUCGAGAGAAGACUCGUCGGCUCCUCCUAUUUCAAGGUCGUCAACCGCCAACAUUGCCUCUCCCAUACUGUCCGGACGACCGGUGAUGUCGACUUCUCCCGGCUCUAUGACCACGCGGGAUCCUCGCAGGACAACCCUCAUGACUCCGCCAAUCAGCCCAGCGUCCACAUUUUCACCAGUCGAAGCAAUCGCCGCUGCCGGGUUCUGCAAGGGCGCCUACUAUGUCCAACAGGGCGCAUACGAUAAGUCGGUUCAAGUCUCUAUGAAGAAUAUGGAAUGGGCCUGUCAUUGUCGCAAGUGCUCGUUCGCAACGCCAGCUGAUAGAGACGAGCGGGGGCGACCGCGCUUUGACGACGACGUCUACGAAGCAUCGAAACUUCGAUUUCGGCCACUACUGCUAUUCAAGUCUCACCUGUCAUCAAAGGAGAAGAAACCACGAGUCUACAAGUGCCUGAUCUGCAUCCUAGGCGGUGAUUCGUCGUCCACUUUACAAGGCGAAGAGCAUCUUCUGGAGCACCUUUCCCACCAUCAAGGCGCAGCUAUCAGUGGUGUAGAGCUGGUUGGACCCAUAUGCAUCGAACCUACCGGCGUCCGAGUAGGCUCAGAGAGAACAUUUGACGUCUGCUUCUCGAAUUCAUCUAGAUUUUCUUUGCCUCCCAGCGCCAUCGAGCUGGAUGACACUGGAAUUGCUGAGGCGGACAGCUUGGAAGUGGGUGAGGACGACGAAGUAUUCAAGAACCAGUGGGUGAAUGAGGGAAGAAGAUGAAACCAGGGGUACUUUUGUACGGGACCGGUCUACCUGGAAUGGCGACUCUCGUGCUGCAGAUGCUGAAACAGCCGAUCAUUGUGUAACUCGGAGUACUACGGUAGAUGAUUCGGCCAUUUGGACAAAACUAAUGAUAGCAGGAGUACUCCGUACAGGACCAUAGCAUUGUCAGGAAGACGCCGCAGUAUCUUUAGCUUCUAGGAAAAUACCAGCCAGGAGAUAUCUAAAUUGAGUUGGGCGUGGUUGGGUUGUUCAGAUCUUAUCCAAGAGAGAGGAGUUGGACAUGUGCCUCGGGCCACAGUUGCCGAGUAUCGAGUCGGUUCUGCUCAGGCUACGAGAUAGUAAGCGAGGUGAAGCAGGAGACAGUGGUUAUGGCCGACCUUCCACCUGGAAUGUCUUUCGUGAGGGCGGAGAUUGAGUACACAUCGACCAGUUCUGUUCCUUAUCUGUGGAUGAGAAACAGCAGAAGGAAACAGACGCCAAUCCAGAAUCCAGAGU